UUGGCCCUUUGCUUAGUUAGAUCUUUCAUCCUUUCGCUCCCCCACGACGACGAUGGCUGCAUCGAAGCUCGUGUUGUUCCUUGACUGGGACGAGACGAUUUCGGCGCACGACACGCUCGCAUGCAUCGCGCCUCCCGAUGGAACCCAUGCUGGUCCGCACUUCGGGUGGUACGGCGACGAGUACAAGCGGGAUCUCGAGGAGCACGAGCGGCAGUUCGAUCGACCGCGCGACACACUCGACGGCCAGCUUGCCUUUCUCGACAGCUUGGACGACGUGGAGCUGCGGAGCCAAGCGCGCAUCGAAGACGGCGGCCUCUUCAAAGGAUUCGAUCCUGAGCAGAUGGACGAACGCGCGCGGCGACAGGUGACGCUGAGGAACGGCUGGGCCGAGGCGGCAGCCAAGCGGCUGGCGGCGGAAGAGGUGGAGCACCACAUCAUCAGCGUCGGCUGGUCCGCACGCUUCAUACGUGCAGCUCUCGGACAGAGCACGCAUCCAACGACGAUUUGCGCAAACGAGGUCGAGCUCGACAGCGACACAAAGAGGGGCACCGGUCGGCUGACGAAGAGCAACGAUGUGGGCGCUCCGGGCCUGUCGGGCAUCCGCGUCGGCUCGCACAAGCUCAGAGAGAUGAAGCGACUGCUCAACGCGAGAUCCCGGGACAGCAUCAUGGUCCUCUACGCGGGAGACAGCAACACCGACCUUCCAUGCCUCCUCGAGGCCGACUAUGGCUUGCUGCUGGGCGAUGCCGCGGGCCUCAAAAAGACGCUCGAACGCAUCGGUCUGUCUCACCUGGUCAGCGACACGGUCGAUGACUGGCUUCAGAACAAAACAAAGCUAGUGCACGUCAAGGACUGGGUUGAAGGUGAUAGAGUUCUGCAAGCAUGCCUCUCUGCCUGUAACAGGAACAGUAGAUAGAAUAAUUAGAUCUAGGGGCACUCUCUUCUCUGCUGUUUGCGCGUCCCCAGGAAAAGUGUUGAGAUGGAGGGAAAGAUGCAGGUGGUCAAUGCGCGCGGCUGGAC